AUGUUGACUGUUCAUGGUCGGAAGACGGAGGAGGAGGAAGAGGAGGAGGAAGAGGAGGAGGAGGAGGACCCGUUUUCCCCAGUCGGUGCCGACGGAUCUUGCGAGGCCGUGGUCCUCGUUGGCGAGACCGGCUCCGGCAAGACCACCCAGCUGCCGCAGUUCCUGCUCGAGGCCGGCUACCACAUCCAGGACGGCCAGAACCGCGGCAUCGCCUGCACCCAGCCGCGGCGAGUGGCCGCCAUGAGCGUGGCGCAGCGCGUCGCGGACGAGCUGGACGUGGACCUGGCGACGUACGUGGGGUACCUCAUCCCGAGAAGCCUUGCGGCCAUCCAUCCCCUCUGGAAGGCGAGGCCCACCCUGCGGGGCGGCGGGCGGGUUCGUUUCGAGGACAAGACGUCCCCAGACACGAUCCUGAAGUUCUUGACCGACGGCAUGCUGCUUCGAGAGGCAAUGUCCGACCCGCUGCUGGACAAGUACAGCGUGGUCAUCUUGGACGAGGCCCACGAGCGCACGCUGGCGACGGAUGUGCUCUUCGGACUCUUGAAAGAGGUGAUGAAGCGCCGGCCAACCUUGAAAGUGGUUGUGAUGUCCGCCACGAUGGAUGCACAGAAGAUGCAGGGGGGGCUGGCGGGUUUUGACGGCGCGCCGCUGCUCAACAUCCCUGGCCGCACGCACCCGGUCGAGAUCUUCUACACCGCGGAGCCCGAGCGGGACUACCUGGAGGCGGCGAUCAGGACGGUGGUGCAGAUCCACAACUCGGAGCCCCCAGGGGACGUCUUGAUGUUCCUGACUGGCGAGGAGGAGAUCGAGAACGCGUGCAGGGCACUCCGGAAGGAGGCCAUGCGCUACCCCGACAGCGGCGAGAUCAUGGCGGUGCCGCUGUACUCUUCGCUUCCACCGCUGCAGCAGCAGAAGAUACGAAAGCCGCCUGGCCCGAAGUACCAGGGCGGGCCGUCGGGGCGAAAGGUCGUAGUGGCUACGAACAUUGCAGAGACCUCCAUCACGAUUGACGGGAUCGUGUACGUUGUCGAUCCAGGGUUCUCCAAGCAGAAGGUGUACAAUCCCAGGAUCCGCGUCGAGUCGCUGCUGGUCUCGCCCGUCUCCAAGGCCUCGGCCUCGCAGCGGGCCGGGCGCGCCGGCCGCACGCAGCCCGGCAAGUGCUUCCGCCUGUACACCGAGAAGGCAUUCAAGACGGAGUUGACGGAGCAGACGUAUCCGGAGAUUCUGCGGUCGAAUUUGGGCGUCGUGGUGCUCACUCUGAAGAAAUUGGGUAUCGACGACUUGGUGCACUUUGACUUCUUGGACCCCCCUGCUCCGGAGACAUUGAUGCGCGCUCUGGAGAUGUUGAAUUACCUUGGCAUGCUCAAUGACGACGGUGAUAUCACUGAUAUCGGGGACCAGUCGUCGGAGUUCCCGUUGGACCCGCAGCUUGCGAAGAUGCUCAUAGAGUCUCCGAAGCACCGGUGCAGUAACGAGAUAUUGUCAAUAGCCGCCAUGCUCAGCGUCCCCAUGGUCUUCGUCAGACCGAGGGAGGCGUCGAGAGAGGCCGACGAGGCCAAGCAGAGAUUCGCCCACCUGGACGGGGACCACCUCACCCUGCUCAACACGUUCCACGCGUACAAGCAGUAUUCUUCGGAGGGCAUGGAUCCUGGGCAGUUCUGCUACGACAACUAUGUCAACGCGCGGUCCCUCAGGUCGGCCGAGAACGUGCGGGAGCAGCUCAAGCGCACGAUGGAGCGGAUCCAGCUCCAGAUGGUGAGCACGGAUUUCAACGACAAGGAGUACUACCCGAAUAUUCGGAAGUGCCUUGUCUCUGGCUUCUUCAUGCAGAUAGCGCACCUGGAGAAGUCAGGGCACUACCUCACCAUCAAGGACAACCAGGUGGUGGCCAUGCACCCGUCCACCUGCAUCACGCACAAGCCCGAGUGGAUCCUGUACAACGAGUUUGUGCUCACUUCGAAGAACUUCGUGAGAACAGUGACGCAGGUGCGCGGGGAGUGGCUCGUGGAGCUGGCGCCCAGCUACUACGACGUCAGCUCUUUCCCGAAGUCCGAGGCCAGGACGCAGCUCGAGCGUAUCAGCAGCCGGAAGCCGAAAGUGCAGAUGCAGUGA